UCACUUCCGACCUUCUUCUUGUUUUACCCAUCGUCCGGCGAUGGCCCGCAAGAAGGUGCCCCUCCGGUACAUCGGCAACGGCGCCAAGGAAACAAGCCGGCGCCGUGCCUACGAGACGCGCCGCAAAAACCUGAUGAAGAAGGCGCGCGAGAUGGGCAUCCUUUGCAACACCAAGGCCUGCGUGGUGGUGUAUGACGAGGGCGCAUCGGCGCCGGAUGUUUACCCGUCCCACGCAGAGGCCGUCGCUAUCCUGAACAGGUACAAGGAUACGCCGAACAUGCCACGGUUCAAGAAGGUGGUGACCCAGGAGGAAGUCCUCACCCAGCGCGUCGCCAAGCUCCGGCAUGAGGCCGACAAGCUCCGACGCGAGCGUGAGGACCGCGAGACCAGGAUGCUUCUGCACAAGGCCAUGCGCGGUGGCAACCUGAACGUCGAGGAGGUCGCCAGGGUUGGCAGUAAGUUGGAGGAGAUCCUCAAGAGCCUCGGCGAGCGCAUCGCAAAAAACAGCAUGCAGCCGCCCGUCUUCCAGCCCCAAGAGCCGUACGGCACCGGCAGCGUCGAUAUACCGGCGUAUCAGGUGCCACUGCCGCAACAGCAGCAGGGUCCGCAGCCACCGGUCUUUCAGCCCCAGGCGCCAUACGUCACCGGCAAUGUCGACAUGGGGCCUUCGCCAACGUAUCAGAUGCCGCCGCCGCCGCAGCAGCAGCAGCAGGGCUGGCAGCCACCGGUCUUCCAGCCCCAGGCGCCACACGUCACCGGUAGUGCCGACAUGGGGCCUUUACCGACGUAUCAGGUGCAGCCGCAGCAACACCACCAGGGUUGGAAGCCAUCGGACCUCCUGCCCCAGGAGCCAUACGUCACCGGCAACGUCGCCAUGGGAGCUCCGCGGAUGUAUCAGGCCCCGCCGCCGCAGCAGGAGGGCUGGCUUGACACGGGGAGGUCCGAGGGGAACCACGAUGCACUGCUCUAUAAUGCUAACAGUACUGGUGCCCCCGACGGUACAGCCACCAGCUCUAGUGCCGGCUUCCCCUUUGAUGAUCUGAUGCAGUUCUUCGACGAUAUGGGGUCUGAGUUCCAGUGAGGCACCGAUUCCGGAGAUGUUCUUCGAGUAGAGGAUCGAUCCUCACAUGCAGUGCAAGGAAAUGCGUCUCAUCUCAUUUUAUUCAGUUUUGGCAUGGUUGAUAUGCGGGUAUAAUGGCAUCGUUAUUUAAUAAGUUGAGAUAUUCAGUCUCUGUAGUGCUCUUUGAGCGAAGGCAUGUUUAUUCUA